AUGGCGGGGAAUCUCAUCUAUAAAACCGCCGACAGCAUCGCAAGCGAUCCCGCGAGCGAACCGGCCGCGCCGGUGGAUGUGGAGGCGCAUUGGAAAGGCAUCAAAACCCCCUUCAGCCCUGCCGCACCGCGGUUUGAGUACAUCCAGCCCCCCACCUUCGGCGUCCGCAAGCGAUGGCCGAUGCACGGGUUUAGCGUCGUAGAGGCGAAAGAAACCCCCAAAACGGCCACCACGGAAGGCUAA